GACAAUUGCUGUCCAUUAUUCUUUUAUCCAAACAAAUCUCCAAAUCGGACAUGGCGCAAACAGAUUUCCAAAAGAAUUUUCGCCUAGUUCUGGAGAAAAUCUUCAACAACUGGCAAAAUUUGCGGCUAGCUGUUGAACAUGGAAUGGGUGGACGCAAUGGACAACAACUAGCAAUUGAAAUUAUGGACUACACAUAUAAAUAUUGCAUAGGCAAUGAAAGCAUAACUCAAGGCGAGCUACAGGAUGUUUUGGAAGAAUUAUUAGAUCAGGAAUUCGACACAAUCUGUGAUGACAAUUCAAUUCCUGAGAUCUGCCGUAAUUUAUUGCGUUAUAAAGCGCUCUGUCUGAAAGGGGAGUAUGCACAAAUUGAAAGCGAACUAAGCAAACUGCCACAGGGUAAAGAUUGGUUACGUCCAGAUGUAAAAAUUGUGUAUACACCUGUUGCAGGGGAAGAUUCAUCUUCAGACGAAGAUGAUGAGAGCGGAGACUCCGAUGACGGUAUGGAAGUAGACGAAGAUGACAGUGAUUUGGCCAGUUGUAGCCGUGUAACACGAUCACAAACACGCAGAAAACAACAAGAAGAAUUUGUGGAACCUGAACCAGGCUGGACAACUGUGCGUACUAAAAGGAAGUAGUAUAUAUUCGUAUAUGUUAUAUAUUACAUCAAGAAAUCUAACAUGAUUGAACUUAUAUAGUUUAAUAAACAAGUUCACACAUGAUAUAAUUUAAAGUAAAAAACUAAAA